UGUCAAAAAUUUACCUGCAAAAGUGCGAAGCAGAUGGCCAGCAAAGGUAAAAGUGAAAACAUUUGCAAAAUAACCGAAAAGUUCGUUUAGAAAUGGUACACGGAAACCUGCUACAGCUAUCCCGUCUAGUCAAAGUUCACAAACCACAAGUGUGCUCCCUGGCGACAGCUUUCGUACGCCGAUUUUCCUUCAAUCAGAAUGGUCAACAUCUGUGGUUCCGUCAACAGGAACAAGUCAGCGAUGCCGGUUGUAAAUCCGCACGUUUUCUACAUUUGUCCGCCUUAGUGGCAUCCCAAAGCAAUAGUGAUUCAAAAGCUAGCGUGCAAGCAGCGGCACCGCAGAUAUUGUCAAAACUGUUCCCUCAAACCGCAGUUGAGGAUGCCGCAGCUGAACGUGUACAGGAGCAAACGCGAAAGGAAGAAGAGGAAGCUAAAAAAGAGAAAGAGUCAUCCUGGAAACGAAUGAAGCUGGGCCUCGUUAUUUUCGGCGUAUCGGUGACGGCUUUUUCCGUUUACACAGUUUUUAUUUUUGGAGCUCCUGAUAGAGAUCCGGAAGGAAAUGAUAUUGAGGACGAGUUCAGCCAACUGCCAACCAUUCAACAAUACUUCAAACGACUCUGGAAAUCAAUGACAUACUACCAGAAGAUGAUCCAAGAACCAUCUCGUGAAAAAUUACUUCCGGAUCCGCUCAAAUACCCUUACAUUCAGCCACCCUAUACUCUGGUAUUGGAAAUGAAAGACGUUCUCGUCCAUCCGGAUUGGACCUAUCAGACUGGUUGGCGUUUCAAAAAGCGUCCGGGAAUCGAUCAGUUUCUCGAACAACUGGCAAGACAUUUUGAAAUAGUCAUUUUCACUGCUGACCAGGGUAUGACUGUUUUUCCCAUAUUGGACGCGCUCGAUCCGCACGGUUAUAUCAUGUAUCGGUUGGUCCGCGAUGCGACACACUUCGUCGACGGACAUCACGUUAAAAACCUAGACAACCUGAACCGCGAUCUGAAUAGAGUGGUCGUCGUCGAUUGGGAUCCAAACUCGACCAAACUACAUCCUGAAAAUACGUUCAACAUUCCGCGUUGGAGUGGAAAUGAUGACGAUACGACAUUGUUCGAUUUAUUGUCAUUCCUGUUGACGAUUGCAACCAGCGAAGUCGAUGACGUGCGGGAAGUGAUGAACUACUACAAGCAAUUCCCGAAUCCGCUGAUGCAAUUUCGCGAAAACCAGAGGCGACUAGCCGAGCAGUUGGCGGAAAAAGAGCAGGAGGACAAACAGCGAGGAAAACCAGCGGUGCAAAAGUGGAGACCAAGCUUUCUGGGCGGAGGACGCUAGGUCAUGCGUACUGGUGUAGAUUUUAGGUUCUUGUACAUUUUCAGUAUAACAUUAUAAAAUCCGUGACCAUUUGAAAGUGAUCAUCCGUUAUUGGUAAUGUAAUGACUUUGACAUUUAGCAUUCUAGCGUCAUUUGGCUAGCUGAUCAUUGAUCACACGUUAACCAAAUUAAACCGAUUCAAAUGGA